AUGACUCAGUGGUGUUACUGGCAUCUGCCAGAAUGCGACCAGUAUAAAUUACCAGGAUGUCCGAGGGACUUCAGCCCCGUGUGUGGGAGUGACAUGGCCACAUAUCCCAAUGAGUGUACCCUGUGCAUGAAAAUCAGAGAAGAUGGUAGCGAUAUUAAAAUAGUCCGAAGUGGCCCGUGCUGAUGGAGCAGUUCACAGAAAAGAGAAUGGAAACCACCUUAUACUGGGCACAUCAGAUGAACUUCAGUGUUCUCUUUUUCUCUUCUCCUGUAUUUCUUAACAUAAGAUUUGUUAAUCCACGUUUUCUGAGAGGAGGUGUGGAAGAGAGCCUAAAAAAAUUUCUUGCCUUUUGCCCCUUAAGUUAAGUUUAUUGCCCAGAUGACUUGUGCAUCGCCUGAUUUAGUUGGAAAUAAAAUCAGCAUUGUAUUCAGUUAUUACUGUUUCGAGUUGAAAAGGACAUUCUCACUCACUGGCCUCUCAGUGACACUUUUUUGUCCCGGGCAAAGGUGAAUUCCAUUAAGCACAAAGUGGUGUCAUUGUUGAGAGGACAAGAUUUGUUCUAAUUUCCCUUUUUCCUGAUCCUGGAAUAAUUGGAUAAUUACUUUUAUAUUGGUAUACUGCUCUGU